AGCAGGUGAAAGGUCAUGUAGGAAAAGAUGGCGGCGUCCAGGGGAGCAGUAGUGUUAAAGACGGUUAAGAAAAUUAUUGUACAGUUUUGCCCAUUUGAAUCUAAUGUCCGCUCCACAAGAGAGUUUCUCAUUGUGGUCGGGUCUGAAAAAGCCAGAGCCACAAAUAUGAACUGUGAAGUUAUCACAGAAGUAAAGCAUAACCGAUCAGAGCCUACGAUUGACAUCACAUUUUUGGAUGGAGAGAGGCUGCUGAUGAAGGGAUCCAAACUUACCACACAAGAAUUGCUCUCAGCCUUACAGACCCGAUGCAGUGCUAAAGACCCUCAAGCUAAAGCAGGAGACAAAAAUUUUGGUUGGACUUUUAACAGGCCUCUAUAUUCAGACACAGGAAAGUCUCUACUUACACACUAUCCCAUUAUGACGUGUGGAAAUGUGAAUCGGAUUGACCAAACAAAUCUGUAUGCUAUUUUUACAUCACACACAGUUCCGAGUUGCGUUUGCAGGCGGGAGGUUGAGGAACUCCGCACAGUGACGCUGGAUCAUCUGAUUGGCUAGUGUCAACACGCACGUGCUGGAGGAGCUGUUGAAAAAGCCCGCAGUC